GCGGCAACAUCUAGGCUACAUGUGCAUCUGUUUUUCUGCCAGAGAUACCUAAGCUACGAGAGGAGGAAGACCCUUUCUACGAGACGCGUCUCUAGGAAUAAGCUUCUCAAGACUAAUACGUUCAAUCUUGUUUGUGUGAAAGGGAUUCGAUUGCACCAUGUUGCUGCUGGAUUCAGAUUCACAGAUGGACUGUUCUGACAACUUAUUUCAAGCCGGGUACGCAGUGAACUCCGGUGGGGACAGCUGGGGACAGUCUCCCGCGCAUCUAGCAGCUUUCGGCGGACAGGCCUUUUGCCUGCUCUGGCUUCUGCAGACAGGAGCAGACGCUAACCAACAGGACAUCUCUGGGGAGACGCCUGUUCACAAAGCCGCCCGAACGGGGAGCCUAGAAUGCCUCAGCGCUCUAGUGGCCAGCGAUGCCCAACUUGAGAUUUGUAACAACGAUGGUAAGACUGCGGAGGAUGUGGCGUUGCAAUACGGCUUCACAGAGUGCGGUCGCUUCCUAAGCACGCUGCGUCUCGCGCGACACCGCAAAGGCUGCAUUGGUGUGCCGGGUGAGAGCACGCAUGUAGCACGGCCCGAUACACUCAGCUGCACAGCGGCCGGACAGAAAAGGGCGCGGGUCAGUCCUGACGCCCAAGACGGAAAGAAAUCUCGUGAUUGGUGACGUAUUACACCAGAAAAAAGGGAAACUGAGCAAGUGUCAGCCAUAAUAGCUCCGCACCACAGCUGAGGAAGUGUCACCCAGCUCCGCUGAGAAGGACUGCUAACGCACUCUCUACCCGCCCAGUCCAUCCCCAUGGCUGCACUAUCAAUAAGGAGAUUCGAUCCCAUGUGAGGGAGGACAAUAUGUCCAUGGGCGGUUUAUGAAAUUUCGGGCCCCUUGGCCCAGAUGUACUAAGGGCCCCCCACUAAUUGUCGUAUAUGUGGGAGGGGGAGUUUGGGGGUCCUCCCCCAGAAUUUUUUUAAUUUGUUUGUGAUGUGAUUUCCUGUAUUCUGGUGCAUUUUGGGG